GAGAAAGUGUCAUGGUGUGAAUUAGAAUAUGGUUAAGGUCGUACAUGUCAUGCUGAUUACGUCUGUCCUAUCUUUUACAUGAAACUAGAAAAAGACUCAAGUUAUAAUAUUUCAUUGGUAUACAUUAAGAAUGAAUGGCCCUUAAAUAAUCAAAAGAUGAAUGUAGCGACCAGAAAGAUAUUAUUGAUUACAAAAAUAGAAAUAAGAAAAUUAAAAAAGAAAGACAUGCCUUUGAAUAAAAAUAAUUAAUGAUCAAAACCCUGCUGAUAUAUAUCCUUGUCAUGCAUCAACCAGAACUUUAUGUCUGUUUACUAUGAAAAAAUUUUAAUUCUAUUAGACAAGCCAAAUCGCAGUAAAGAUAACCGCAUUGAUGAUUUUCAUAUUCCGAUGUUUU